AUGGUCUCAUCCAGUAUUCUCCUUGCCCAUCAACGUACCGGUAAUGCGCCCACGUUCACAGUCUAUCAGAAUCCAAUCGUAGCCCCUACCACGGUCGUGUCACCGAUCUUCCCCGCCGAAAUCGCGCCCAAGAGGUCGUCCAAUGCGUCAGAUGUCGCGGCGUCCACAAGUCUGCCCUCCACAUUGCCCUUCCAAGGGGAUACGGAGGCAGCCAAAUUAGGCCUCACGCAGCCCGGGUCCAGGACGUCUCCGGAGCCAUCUCAGACGGACCGUCAAGGCCACUAUGUCGGUCCGGCAUCUGGCGUCUCCUUCCUGCCGAGAGUGCAGAAAAGAUUGCACCAGAGCAUCGAGUUCGGUCAUGCCGCGUCCACCAUCUUUACCUUCGGCGACGUCCCACUUCCUGAGUUCGAACCCGUCUGUUUCAUGCCAUCCAAGGAGGAGACCUCGAGGCUGCUCCGGAGGUACUUCGACUUCAGUGUACCGGUUGACCGAUUUCUUCACCGACGGACAGUCGAGGAGUGGCUUGACGAGUUUUACGAUACGGCGGGUUCGUUCAGAAACAACCAAGAGGAAGCACCGGCCCGGACAGCGCUUUUGUUCAUGAUCUUUGCCUUGGCGCAAGACCUCCUGGACCCUCAGCCCAACAGCGAGACGACGGAUAUGAGCAUCCAGUACUUUCUUGCAGCCGACCACCAGCUUUCCAGGGAACGGGGAGUCGUCCGUCUCGUGAGCGUGCAGGCGCGCCUCUGUCAAUGCCUCUGGUUGCUCUCACGAUCUCGCAUCAAUCAUUGUUGGAGCCUCUUUGGCACAACGGCUCAUCUUGCCCUCGCGAUAGGGCUCAACCGAAACAGACACGCAGACCCAGCGGCUGGCGUCAACUACGUUGAGAUUGAGUGUCAGUGUAGGACCUUCUGGGCAGGGUAUUGCCUGGGGAGUUAUCUCAGCACCGCACUCGGACGACCCAGAACGUUUCACGAUGAUGACAUCGAUCAAGAACUGCCCUCCUGCGUGGACGAUCGAGACAUCUAUCGCGAUCGUAGCACGCCCAGUACGAGUCCGGAGCAGACUCUCAUGUACGCGCCGGUGGCGUAUUUCAGACUUUCGCGAAUUGUGAGCGGCAUACUACGAGAUCUGCACUCGAUCCGCCCAUGCUCAUCUGCCGAUCGAUAUGCGUUCGUUGCUGGGUAUUCCGAAAAGUUAAAGGCAUGGCGAACCGAAAUGUCUAGCUUCCUUAAUCCGGAUAUCAGCCCAGCUCUGCUCCUACCCAUUUUCCAUCGUCAGCGAAACGUUCUCAAUCUCGCCUACUGGCACACGGUCGUCCUGACGCAUCGGCCCUUUCUCCUAAGCAAGUUUGCCCAACUUCAGCACAAGCGCUUGGCGCCGCACGCCUCGUCCCAUCAAAGCCAGAUUGACAACAGCAUUCGCGAGUGUCUUCAGGCGGCCAUGAAUAUCACACACACAGUGGAUAGCCUUGUGCGUUCUGGGCAGAUGUUUCAAGCAUACUGGUUCACCAGCUACUUUGCCUUCUCGUCGGUGGUUGUGCUCUACGUCUACACGAUUCAAGAGCGUCUGGCACCUGUAGAAACCUAUCUCCCCUACCUCAACGCCGCAACGCAUUGCCAAAACCAGAUCUCCAAAAUCGCGGAGAAGGGGUCUCUUGCCGCACGAUACUGUUUAGUUCUCGAAGAGUUGCGUAAGGAGGCAUGUAGGCAGAUCGAGCGAGCACACGCGAUACCGGUCUCCGACGAUGGUGCUGUUAUUGCCAGCGAUGGAGCAGUGUUUUAUGGAAAUGGGAACAACUUUUCUUCGGGGGAUCACUUUGCUCAAUUCCAUUUGACACCAGGAAGCUCACUUGGCGAUGUCACCGACUGGGCUCCAUUCGAUGCGAUGGUCACACCAGACUUCGGCGGCCUCGAAACUUUACUCUCGAGGGAUGGCCUCAUGCCUUGA